GCCCACUCUUCAAAGUGCGCGUCGCCAGCGGUGGAGGCGGCCGAGGGGCCGUCUCUCUCCCUCGUCGGUCGCGGGGAGCCGCUUCGUACUGCCGGGCUGUCGCUCGGGCGGGACAGGCCGCGCUGCGCGCUCCUCUCCGCUGCUACCCUAAGAGUACUUUCAGAAACUGAAAUUAACACUAAUAAGCUAGAGCACUGAGGAGCACGUGAUCAGAAGCUGAAGAUUCAGAGGACAAUGUUAGUGUAGAAGAAGGCAAGCAAGAGAAUACCUAUCAGAGUUAGCCAGACCACAAGAGAAAUGGAACAAGAAACUCCAGAGAUCGCGGAUUCUGCACAGCAGGAAGUUCGCGCCAAGUCAGAGGCAGGCGGUAAUGCAAAUGAAGGAGGAGAAGAGGCUGAACUGGAAGUGAAGGAGGAACUGGCAGAAGCCUAUCAGCUCCAGGUGGCUGAAGAAAUGGCCAAGGAGAUUAAGAAGAAGAUAAGAAAGAAACUAAAAGAGCAGCUGACUUACUUUCCUUCAGAUACUCUGUUACACGAUGACAACCUGGGCAGUGAAAAGAGAAAGAAGAGGAAGAAGAAAGUCCCGGUCCCAUCUAAACCUGAACAGAGUACCUCAGAUGUCUGUGAUAAUGCAGCUGCAGAUGAACAAAAGAAAGAAUGUUCCCUUGAGACGGCUACUCCAGGAUCUCACCCUGACGAGGAAAUACGCUCAGCAGAGAAGAAGCGAGAUAACAAUAUACCAGAGACCAGAAAACCCAAACCCAAAAAGACAAAAAAGAAGACUAAAGCAGGUCUGGUUGAGAAGGAAGACAUGAAUAGUGAUGGUGUUCAUGAAAUAACAAGCCGAGACAGUCCAGUUCAUCCCAAAUGUUUGCUUGAUGAUGAUCUUGUCAUGGGGGUUUACAUUCACCGAACUGAUCGGCUUAAGGCAGAUUUUAUGAUUUCUCACCCAAUGGUAAAAAUUCAUGUGGUUGACGAGCAUACCGGUCAAUAUGUCAAGAAAGAUGAUAGUGAACGUCCUGUUUCAUCUUAUUAUGAAAAAGACAAUGUGGACUAUAUUCUUCCUAUUAUGACUCAACCAUAUGACUUUAAAAAGUUAAAAUCAAGACUUCCAGAAUGGGAAGAACAAAUUAUAUUUAAUGAAAAUUUUCCCUAUUUGCUUCGAGAGUUUGAUGAGUGUCCAAAAGUCAUUCUCUUCUUUGAGAUUCUUGACUUUUUAAGCAUGGAUGAAAUUAAGAAUAACUCUGAGGUUAAAAACCAAGAAUGUGGCUUUCGGAAAAUUGCCUGGGCAUUUCUUAAGCUUCUGGGAGCCAAUGGAAACGCAAACAUCAAUUCAAAACUCCGCCUCCAGCUCUACUACCCACCCACCAAGCCUCGGUCCCAGUCAAAUGUUGUUGAGGUUUUUGAAUGGUGGUCCAAGUGUCCAAGAAAUCGUUAUCCAUCAACAUUGUAUGUAACUGUUCGGGGACUGAAAAUUCCGGACUGUAUAAAGCCAUCUUACCGCUCUAUGAUGGCUCUUCAGGAGGAAAAAGGUACACCUGUGUAUUGUGAACGCCACCGUGAGACCAGUUCAGUAGACACAGAACCUGGAUUAGAAGAUUCAAAGGAAGUGGUAAAGUGGAAACGUCUCCCUGGUCAGGCUUGUCGUAUCCCUAACAAGCACCUCUUCUCACUGAAUGCUGGAGAGCGAGGGUGUUUCUGUCUUGGUUUCUCCCACAAUGGAAGAAUAUUAGCAGCCGCCUGUGCCAGUCGAGAUGGAUAUCCGAUUAUCUUAUAUGAAAUUCCUUCUGGACGUUUCAUGAGAGAAUUGUGUGGCCACCUCAAUAUCAUUUAUGAUCUUGACUGGUCAAAAGAUGAUCGCUAUCUCGUUACUUCAUCAUCUGAUGGCACUGCCAGGGUUUGGAAGAAUGAAAUAAACAGUACAAGUACCUUCCGAGUCUUACCUCAUCCUUCUUUCGUCUACACGGCAAAGUUCCAUCCAGCUACACGAGAGCUGGUGGUUACGGGAUGCUAUGACUCUAUGAUAAGGAUAUGGAAAAUUGAUAUGAGACAAGAUACUCCCGUAUUAGUCCGCCAGCUUGAUGUUCACAGGAGUUUUGUCAACUCUGUCUGUUUUGAUGAUGAAGGUCAUCACAUGUAUUCAGGAGACUGCAUCGGGGUGAUUGUUGUUUGGGACACUUACGUGAAAGUGACUGAUUUGCAGCACUCAGUGCGCCACUGGACGAUAAAUAAGGAAAUCAAGGAGACUGAAUUCAGGGGAGUUCCAAUAAGUUAUCUGGAGGUCCACCCCAGUGGAAAACGUUUAUUAAUCCACACCAAAGACAGCACACUGAGGAUCAUGGACCUGCGGAUACUAGCAGCAAGGAAAUUUGUCGGAGCCGCGAAUUACCGGGAGAAGAUCCAUAGCACUUUGACCCCAUGUGGGACUUUGCUCUUCUCUGGGAGUGAGGAUGGAAUAGUGUAUGUUUGGAACCCAGAGACAGGAGAACAAGUAGCAAUGUAUUCAGACCUGCCAUUCAAGUCAACUAUCCGAGACAUAUCCUACCAUCCAUUUGAAAAUAUGGUUGCAUUUUGUGCAUUUGGGCAGAGUGAGCCAGUUCUUCUUUAUGUUUAUGAUUUCCAUGUAGCCCAGCAAGAGGCUGAAAUGUUCAAACGCUAUAAUGGGACACUCCCAUUGCCUGGCAUCCAUCAAAGUCAGGAUGCUUUAUGCACCUGUCCUAAACUGCCCCCUCAAGGCUCUUUUCAAAUUGAUGAAUCUGUCAACACUGAACAUCAUUCAUCAAGAAAGAUUCAACUUGUGAAGCAGAGACUCGAAACUGUCACAGAGGUGAUACGAUCCUGUGCUGCAAAAGUCAACAAAAAUCUCUCAAUGACUUCACCACCACCAGGCCCUAUAAGGAAGCAGAGGGUGAAGCAGUCGUUUGUGCUAACCACUGAUGAGAUUACUCAUCAGUUUGGAUUCCCUCAGACCGCAUUUAUCAACACAGAAAGAAGGCCUUGCAUCCGUCAAGUAGAUGCACCACCAAUGGUCGUGGCUCUUUAUGACUACACAGCGAGCCGAUCAGAUGAACUAACCAUCCAUCGUGGAGACAUUAUCCGAGUGUUUUUCAAAGAUAAUGAAGACUGGUGGUACGGCAGCGUAGGAAAGGGGCAGGAAGGGUUUUUUCCAGCUAACCAUGUGGCCAGUGAAACACUGUAUCGAGAAUCACCUCCAGAGGUAAAGGAGAGAUCUCCUCCUUUAACUCCCAAGGGGAAAACUAAGACAGAAAAACCUUCAGCUUCUCAAAAGCGGUUCCUGAAUAAGGACAGGUCCCCGGAUUCCAGACUAGGCUCCCAGUCCAUGGCCCAGACGGAGAAGGGCAGAGAGCAAAACUGGGAGGACCGCGGACACAGAGCAGAUAUGCAGGCGAAGAGAAGCGAGCCGCCCGCCCGGAAAGUCACCCUGAUAGAGUAAAAAGUUGGGAAAGAAUGAAGAAACAACCAGAUGAAUGGAAAUGAAAUGAAAAGCUAAGCCAGAUGGGUUUCUCUUUAGAUUUUGGAAGAAAAGAAGUAUCUACUGUUUAUUGACCUUGUGAAAAAUCUAAAGUGAAGUUUGGCUAUUAAAAAAAAAAGUUGAUGUGGCCUCUGGGCUUAAUUGUUAUAAACCAUUGUGAGUGAUAUUGGUCAAAGUAUUGUAUCUGUGCUGUUAGUGACUGCAUCAAAAUUAUAUUGCUGCUGUUGGAAAAACCAAUAAAGAAACCCCAGAACUGCCACGCAGCAAACGUGAAUAAAA